AUGAAAACCUCUGUAACAGGUGGUAUUUCUUUAGUUUGUCCUGAAGGACGUUUGCAUAUUGAAGCUAGAAAAGUAGUGGAUGGAAACGAAGUGAAGCUUAUACAAGAAUCCUCUAUUAAUCAUCCAAAUCCUAUUAAUAAUAAACCAGAAAUGGAUCAAACAAAGCCGAUACGUCUAAUUGUGAAUCAGCAUUCGAAAAAAGUUUUUCAUGAAAUCCUAUAUUCUCAUUCUGCUGCAUUUGUAGGAGAUUGUUCUGGUUCGAUGUCAUCGAAUAAUAACAUUGAGAAACUUAAACGCAGUUUUUUAGAUGUUUGGGAAGCUGCUAAAAAAGAUGGCUUUGAGACAAAAAUCGCUUUCACUUCUUGGAACACACAAUCUUACUUUUGCAAAAAAUCAUGGCUUGUUUUAUCAGAUGAAUAUAAAGUUAAAAAUUGGAUUUCUAAUCUUAGAGCCGAAGGUGGUACUGAUAUGCAAACUGGAAUUAUGGGUGCGAUUAAUACAUUUUCACCUGUAGAAAACAUCAUCACUAUCUGUGACGGAGACAUUACUCCUUUUACUGUCGAAUCUUGGAGAGAAUUCUGUUCUCGCUAUCCAAAAACUAAUUUUCACUUUGUCGCUGUUGAAUCGGGCUCUGAUUAUAAGACUAUGCAGGAAAUGGCUGCGAUUGGAAAUGGCUCCUUCACUGGAACGAACAUCUAG